UCUAAAGCAGAAAAUGGAGGGGGAGUUGGUCGUUUUGAAAUGAGAGAUUUGCGACCUCAAGGAGGGCCAUGAUAACAUGGGAAGGAGCGACUUGGCUAAGCAAAUCGAGGACCUGCCCAUGGAGAUGGAGGCUCUGCGCAAACGAAAUGAGGAAACAGAGGAGGUUGCAAAACUAUGGAGAAAUGAGGCGUUACGGCCAGGAAACAAGCGAGGUAGUAUCAACGUAUCUACACCGGCUACAGAAGGAAGAACUGCCACCAGGACACGUAUCUCGGCGUCUUCGGAGGAAGCAAGGCGCUUGCGAGUGCAACUUUCAGACUUGCAAGAGCGGAGGAAGUGCGAUCAAACUGAAGUAGACAUGUUGAAGGAGAGGAGGGCUUUGGCCGAGGCAAGGAGGAUUGAGGUAAAAAAUGAGCUGACUAGACUGCGGGAGCAGAUGGCGCGGCUGACGACGAUGCAGGCAGGGUGCAGCUCCCCUAAGGAGCGGGGCACGAACCUCAAAGAAAGGAUGGAGGAGGCGGCAAAAACCGGGUUCCGAUCUGGCAAGAAAAGCAAGGUGAAGGCUACACCCGGGAGAAUGGCACGCCCUGAUGAUGAUAUCGCCAAGGCCAACGAUCGUUUUGGGUUCCUUCAAGACGAGAGAAAGAGGUUGCGAGCCUUGAAGAAAGGGGGUUUGGAGCCGUUAUGCCAAGAAGCAGGUAUUAAAUACAAGACAAUGGAUAUCUCCAUUGAGGAGAUGGCUCAGAUUAAUGCGGCGAAGAUGUUUGGUGAAGACAGCGGACCUACGGAAGGUGUUCGUGGAGAUCGUAGCCGUGGUAAGGCGGUAUCAGAUGACAACAACGUUGAGGUCGUAGAGGAAGUCCCGUCGGACUCCGCUUGAUGGGACUUCCCGAGCACGACGAUUUGGGGGUUAGCCAAGGCUUGUCGUGAUGGUCGUUCUGUAUCUACCUCUUCGCUACGUGAUGAAUCUUGGAACUCUCUGUUUCAGAUUGCUGUCUUGAUGUUGGUAUUGCGUGGGUGCAUCCCGUGGGCGUCUAACUAUCGG